AUGAACUCGUUAUAUGAGUUGGAUCCCAAAUGGCAAAAGUUACUUACCUUGGAUAAUUUCCUCGGUGGAUUGACAGUGAACGAGUUUGUAGAGUCCCUAAGUAAAGACCACUCGAUUAAGGCAGUCUCUUCUUCUCUCUCUUAUGGACAGUCAGGGAGUAGAGAUGAUGGAAUGCAAUUGCAAGAUGAACAUGAUGCUGCCAAUUGGGAAAGAUUGGACCCUAAACCAUUCAUUAGAACAUUUGAAUCAACUUUAAAAGAAUUGAAAGGAUUAAACGAUGAUGCUGUGAGUAAGAAAAAUCGGUUUGAAGAUCAAGUGGCUAGACAGGAACUAGUGCAUUCUGAAAAUGUAAUUGAUUUGGCCACUGAUAUUCAAAGGAUAAAUAUUCAAUUUAGUGAAUUAGAUAACAAAUUGACAAAUGUAAAUCAAAUUGUAUCACCACUAAGUGAUAAAUUGGAAUCAACAAUACGUAAACGUAAGAACUAUGUCAAAUCGGUUGAAUUAAUAACAGAAUAUUCGAAUUUUUACACAACAGGGAGUUCAACCAAUAUUGAAAACUUAAGAACCUCUAAGAAUUGGAGAAAUAAGAUCCAAGCUGCAACAUAUAUUAAGAAUUUAUUAGAAUUAUCAAGAAAGGUUGAAACUACAGCAAUUCCAAAGACUAGUGAAGUUACAAAAUUUAUAGAAAAGUAUUCUGAAAUGAUGGAAACGACUUUAUUAGAAAAUUUUAAUUCGGCAUAUCGUGAGAAUGAUUUCAAUCAAUUAAACGAAAUUGCAUUAAUUUUGAACCAAUUCAAUGGUGGGAUCAAUGUGAUUCAAAGUUUUAUUAAUCAACAUGCAUAUUUUAUAAAUAGUGAUGAGAUAGGACUCGAUGAACAAAUGGAGAUAGAUGAUCAAUUUAAGAAAAGGCUUAUGGAUCAAAAUAUACACACUGUAGUUUAUGAACAAAAUAUAUUAAACAUGUUAAAUGAUAUUGAAUCUGUCAUUAAAAAUGAGUCUAAGAUUGUGAACGGUGUCUUUGAGGGGAGGGCUUCGUACGUCAUGCAACUGUUCGUUCAAAGAGUCUUCGUUCAACAGAUAGAGCCAAAGGUGGAGACAUUGUUAAACAAUUCUUUGUCCUUAUCUAAUUUAGCAUAUGUCAGAACUUUACAUGGGUUAUAUUCCUUGAUAGGUCAAUUCGUGAAGGAUCUAACUGAAUUCUUCCAAAUAUUGGAGAUAGAUCAAGACACAACAGAUUCCAAAUCAGUUCCAAAUGCAUUAGAUAACAAUAGCAAUAGUAGUAUUAUAACCGUCCUAGAACAAUGUAGUUCGGAUAUGUUUUCAAGAUAUCUUUAUGACAGAGCUAGGUAUUUUGACAUUGAGAAGAGAAACUUAGAGAAUAUCUUAGUCGACAAGACAUCGAUAUUUACUAAUGAACAUAGUAAAGAGAUAAAUAGUAAGAUGUUGCUAAAUAAAUUAGGUAAAAUGAUGGAAAAGGAUGAAGACGGAAAUACGCAUUAUGAAGAAUUUAUCACACAGACAGCAACAACAUCUAAGAGGAAGUUAUCACAAUUUAAUGAGUUUAUGAAAAAAAGAUUUGAUAGAUUGGAUCAUUUAUCAAAUCUAUCUUUAACAAGAUCCAACACUCUCUCCCAUGACCGCGAUGUCGGUGUUGGUAGGUCACAUUUAUCGAACUCACAAGAUACAAAUAACCGUGGCAACGACUACAACAAUGAUGCAAUGUUAGAUAAUUCAGAUCCAUCAUUUAACCUAGAUACUGUGGACUCUAUGUUAAAGUGUGUCGUAGAAUCUGUUGCUAGAGUUAUGGAAUUGGUUCCUAAUAAAGCCAGUGAGUAUAGUUUGGAACUAUUAGAUAUCAUGUUCCUUGGUACUGUAGGUAAUUAUGUGGAGAUGUCUUUGGAGGUUGCAUUUUUCAGAAUGAAACAGUUAGAUAUCUAUAAAUUAGAUGAUUUCAAUUUAUCUUUUCUAAGCUACGUUACUAAAAGUACUGAUAUCUUAAAUCUUGUUUCUACUUCCAUUAAAGCAAUAUUUUUACCCCUUUUGAGUGAUGCUCCGGAUGCUAAAAAGCAGGUUAUUGAGUUGACAAAUAAUAAUAUACGAAAAUGUGAGAUCUCCAUAAAUAUCAUUAUUGAUGAAAUUGCGAGUGUCUAUUCUGCUAAAUUUUCGGACAUAUUGGCAAAACAAAACAAAAAGGAUUUCAUACCGAAAUCCCAGGACUUAUUAGAUCAAGAUACACUACCAGCAGUGGAAAUUAGCAAUUUAUUGACAUCCUUGUAUUCCCAAACAUCAGUAUACCUAGAGGAGAAGAAUUUAAAGGCAUUCCUAGACAAUAUAGGGGAAGAAUUAUAUGGAUUGUUACUAGCUCAUUAUUCCAAGUUUCAAGUCAGUUCUAUAGGUGGAAUUAUCGUAACAAAGGAUAUUAUUGGUUUCCAAACUGUCAUUGAAGAUUGGCGUAUACCGAACUUGCUAGAAAAAUUUGCAACUCUCAGAGAACUUGCUAAUAUAUUUACUGUACAGCCAGAUCUCUUAGACUCGCUUACGAAAGAAGGUCACUUGGCUACUUUGAAAAGAGAUAUAAUCCAAUCAUACAUCGCCAAGCGUGAGGACUUCAAUCACGACAACUUCAUGACCAAUAUGAAAAUGAAUUUGAAACAAUACACAUAA